AUGGCGAUUAACUGGUUAUUACUGGUCAGUAGACAAGGAAAAGUUCGUCUUACAAAAUGGUUUGUUACUAUUCCACCCAAAGAAAAGGCUAAGAUUGUAAAAGAUGCCACACAACUGGUGUUGGCUAGAAGAGUCAAGAUGUGCAACUUUCUUGAAUACAAAGACCAAAAGAUUGUGUACAGAAGAUACGCAAGUCUCUUUUUUGUAGCUGGCAUCAACCAAGAUGAUAAUGAGCUCAUUACACUCGAGAUUAUUCAUCGUUAUGUCGAAAUCCUGGAUCGUUAUUUCGGAAAUGUAUGUGAACUCGACUUGAUUUUCAAUUUCCAAAAGGCGUACUUUAUUUUGGAUGAGCUUCUUAUCGCUGGCGAAUUACAGGAAACCAGCAAAAAAUCAGUACUGAGAGUCAUCACGCAAGAAGACCAGUUUGAGGAGCAAGAAGGCAAUGAACCCAAGGCUGGAUAA